AUGUCACAUCUCAUAAAAAGCAAUGAACUAAGGAAAAAACUGGUAGAAGAUGUAACACAGUACUUGGUAAUGAACCAGAUCAACGGAUUCGACAUCGAUUGGGAGUUCCCGCUGUGGAGUCUAGAUGCACAACCUACGGACAGAAAAGGUUUCUCCGUCCUUAUAAAAGAACUACGAGAAAGUUUCGAUCAGGCCAAACCCAAUCUAUUGCUCAGUGCGGCAGUUGCUGCACCUUUUACGAUAGCUGAUAAAGCCUAUGAUGUUAAACCACUCAACAAGUACCUAGACUAUGUUCAAAUUAUGAACUACGAUUUCCAUAUGUACUCCAAGCUGAAGCCUUGUACAGGUUUCAAUGCACCACUGUAUCGUAAAGUGUAUGAAUUUGGAGUACUCGGCAAAAUGAAUUCGGAUUAUUCAACACAACACUGGCUCAAAAGAGGUCUCUGGGCCAAUAAGACCGUAUUCGGCAUACCCACUUACGGACGUGGCUAUACUCUUCUCAACAAAUUCCUUCAUUUUCUCUAUGCUCCAGCUAUCGGACAUGCAUUUAUCGGUGCUACUUAUUCAUUCGUUAAGGUGUGUAAUCUGACAAAGACAAAGAAUUAUACAUAUGUGUUUGAUAAGACGACACGAUCAGCAUAUAUUUACGGUGGUGAUCAGUGGUUAGGACUAGAAAAUCCAAUAACGAUGUUCUUGAAGGCGAGCUACAUCAAAGCAUACAAUCUUGCCGGCAUUAUGAUAUACGACCUAGCAUCCGAUGAUUACAAGGGAUUAUGUAAGCAGGGAACAUAUCCGUUGAUAAAAGCAGCCAAAGUGGCAACAUAUAAUGAAGCGUGA